GCCGAGAGCGCGCAGGGAGUCAUCACAUGUUCCGUGUAGUUAGCGCCCUGAGAAAAAGAGUCAUUUCUGCAGAGAAUUAACUCCUCAGACGACCAACAAAGUACAAGUUUAAACUGUUAGCUUCAUUACAACAAAACUAAACAAAAACAUUUGUAGCUACAGGACCUCAUGUACCGCCAUGAACCAGGACCGGCAGAACCGCAAGGAGGAGAUCCAGAAAGCUCUGGCUUUUAUUCAGUCGUCACUGCCGUAUCCCGACCCGGACGGUUAUGAGGGCUUCCUCAUGCAGCUGGUGUGUAAUCUGCUGGACGAAGGUAACGCGGCGUUUCGGGAAGGCGACUGGACGCUGGCACGAGGCCACUUCGGCGAGGGAGUGAGCGUGGCGAGAUACGCUCAGGGCGAGGGAGUGACGGUUCCUGCGGCGCUGCUCGAGAGCCUUUACGUGAACAGAGCUGCUGCGCAACACAACAUGGGGGAGUUGGAGGCGAGUGUGAGGGACUGUGACAGCGCUCUGAGUGUGUGUAAGGACAGCAGCAGGGCUCUGUACAGGAAGGCCGUGUGUCUGAAGGCGCUCGGGAGACUGGACGAGGCGUACGAGUGCAGCAGCACCUGCUUAAUCAGCUGUCCACAGGAUGAGAGCGUGAAGGAGCUGGCCCAGGAUCUGGCAGACAGAUUGGAUCUGAAGACGUGUAAAGCCUACAUGUGUGUACAGGGUGUAACCGAGACUAACCGAGAAGUCGAGCCUUCUCUGGAGCAGAUCUCCAAUGGACUGGACAGCAUGUGUGACAUCACAGCUGUUGCCUCCCCCAUCCUUUCCGCCCCGGUCCCUGUGAGCGAUGCGUCCGAGGAGCUAGCCGUGUGUCUGUCGGUGCCGGUGUCUGACCAGCUGGGGGACUGUGAGCUGGUGGGGGAAGAGCUGGACUCACUACUGGACUGCGUCUCCAAUCAGGAACAGACUCCCUCUAAAGGCAGUGUUGUCCCCACUCAUGUCCCAGUGAUGGGUCUGGGUCCACCGUUCCCUCCCCUCCUCCCUGCUCCCUCCCCGUGUCUUCCUCCUGCGUUCUUCCCCUCGGCCGUCACUCACUUGAACACGCUGGACUCGUUCUGUGAAGUGAGUUGUGACCCGUCUCUCUCGGUCAGACCCCUGGAUUCUCUCGACUCCUUCUCUCAGGCCUUACCUCAGGGAUCAGUGCCUCAGCGGCCGCCUCUAGUGGUGGGAGGACAGGGGCUCGAUUCGCUCUCAGAGUUCACGCUGCCUGGUGGUAAAUUCUCUCACAGUUUUCUUCCUCCAGUGAAGAUUAGCAGCUCAUCUAACUGUGUGAACGCUGUUUGCGCUAACGGUCAUGUGGCGUCCACCUUAUCCCAGCUCUCUAAGAAUCCUCUUGAAAACACACACGACUUCACUCAAGCCUGUUCAGCCUGUUUUAUACGUACAGGCGCGGGCGUGCUGGACUGUGAGUACAGGUCUGAUCUGUCUCACAGCUGUAAGAAAGACAUCCUGCUGUGCAGGAGAAAAGGCGGAGUCAAUCUGCCCUGGAGGCGUGUCCGGCCACGCCCAGCUCGAAGCAACUUCCAGGGUCCUUAUGUGCUCUGUAAAGAGGUCCUAGAGCGACAGGACUGUAAAUACGGCGAAGCCUGCACCUUUGCGUACUGUCAGGAGGAGAUCGAUGUGUGGACGCAGGAGAGGCGGGGCUUACUGACCCGGGAGCUGCUCUUCAACCCGCUCUCCUCCAAUCAGAGACAAGCACUGAGCGUCAUCAGACUACUGAAUAUACACGGUGGCAUGUUUAUGUUCCUCUGUGAGGGCUGCUUUGACAGUAAACCCAGGGCCAUCAGUAAACGCUGUAAGGAGAAUCCGUCCUUUUGCUCCAAUGUAGACUCAUACCAUCAGUUCGACAGAAACAAGUGUCUGGUGCACGUUGUGAAGAACAGCAGCAGUGUGUGUUACAGUAAGAUCAGACCCCUCAGUACACAUCGUCAGUUUGAUGUUUGUCGUCAUGAGCUGCGUUACGGCUGCCAGCGUGACAAAAACUGCAGCUUCGCUCACUCCCUCAUCGAGCUCAAGUGCUGGAUCCUGCAGAAAGAUCAGGGCACCACCCAUGAGGAGAUUGUGCAAGAAUCUAAGAAACACUGGCACAAGCAGAGACCAGUAAACAUUUCUGUAUCCCAAACCAACGGCACUCUAUCCAGAGGGGAGGGGCAAAACAAAGGGGUGGAGUUCAAUGGGAAGGCGGGGCAUGACCGGGCCUUCGGAGCAGGAGGUGCGUCCGGGGUGAAAGGUUACGAUCUGCGUCUGACGAUGAAGUUUGUGUGCGGUCAGUGCUGGAGCGUCGGGCUACUGAGCGAACCGGACAGAACGCUGAAGUACUGCAGCGCUAAAGCACGACACAGCUGGAUUAAAGAGCGGAGGGUUCUUUUGGUGAAGUCCCUGGACAGGGAGAAGUGGGUGGCGGUGCGACCUUUGCCCUUUGCGAAGACGUACCCUCAGCAGUACGAUAUCUGCGUGCACAUGCUAAAGGAGAAGAAGUGCCACUACAUCGGGAACUGCUCGUUCGCCCACAGCCUGGAGGAGAAGGAGCUGUGGACCUACAUGAAGAACACCGGCUUGCGGGACCUGCAGCAGGUCUACGACACGUGGUACGUGACAGCCAAUCAGAACAAGCGCAUAGAAGGGGCUACGGCGUCCCCAGAGAAGCAGAUCACCAUGCCGACAGACUUCGCCGAAGCUGCUGACGGGUUUCACUGCCGUCUGUGUGGGAAGCACAGUAACAGCGAGCGUCAGUGGCAGCAGCACAUCUCGUCUGAGAGGCAUAAAGAGCGCGUGCUGAGCGGAGCAGGGGAGGAGGAGAAUCUCACCUGGAUACACCGCUUCCCAGGACCCUACUUCUCCCUCUGCCCCAGGUUGGAGGGAGGCUGCAGCGAGGGUGUGAGCUGUGACUACGCCCACAGUGAGGAGGAGCUCCAGGAGUGGUGUGAGAGGCGGGACUUCCUGCGCAGGAGGUUGGAGAGAGCGCGAGUUGACCUGCUCAUCGCCCCCACUGACCACGACUUCGGGAAGUACAACUUCCUCCUGCUGGACUGAGAGAACACACACACACACACACACUUCUACGUCCAUUCAAAUCACCACACACUGAAGUGCCAUGCAUGCAUUCUCUGUUCAUUUUAUUUUAUUUUUUUCUAAAUUCUACAUUUUCCGAUGGUCAUAGACGGCGAGUCCCGGCCGAUUUAAAUAGUGCCUCUGUAGACUACCUAGGGACCCUACAAUCCUUCAGUCUUAAUCAGGACACAGCCGCUCACUGCUCUUCUGUGUAACAGUCAGAUAAACACACAAACCGCACGCCUCUGUCUUCACAGACUAACAGAAACCAUGGUGGUGAUGAUGGUGAUGAUGAUGGAUGGUGAUGAUGAUGGUGAUGACAGUGAUGGUGGUGAUGAUGAUGAUGAUGGAUGGUGAUGGUGGUGAUAGUGGUGAUGACAGUGAUGAUGGAUGAUAGUGAUGAUGGAUGAUAGUGAUGAUGGAUGAUAGUGAUGAUGGAUGGUGAUGUGGUGAUGACUGAUGGUGGUGGUGGUGAUGAUGGAUGGUGAUGUGGUGAUGACAGUGAUGGUGGUGAUGAUGAUGAUGGAUGGUGAUGGUGGUGAUGACAGUGAUGAUGAUGGUAGUGAUGAUGGAUGGUGAUGUGGUGAUGACUGAUGGUGGUGGUGGUGAUGAUGGAUGGUGAUGUGGUGAUAGUGAUGGUGGUGGUGAUGGUGGUGAUGACAGUGAUGAUGGAUGAUAGUGAUGAUGGAUGGUGAUGUGGUGAUGACGGGUGGUGGUGGUGGUGAUGAUGGAUGGUGGUGAUGAUGGGUGGUGAUAGUGGUGAUGACAGUGAUGAUGGAUGAUGGUGAUGAUGGAUGGUGGUGAUGAUGGGUGGUGAUGGUGGUGAUGACAGUGAUGAUGAUGGUAGUGAUGAUGGAUGGUGAUGUGGUGAUGACUGAUGGUGAUGUGGUGAUAGUGAUGGUGGUGGUGAUGGUGGUGAUGACAGUGAUGAUGGAUGAUAGUGAUGAUGGAUGGUGAUGUGGUGAUGACGGGUGGUGGUGGUGGUGAUGAUGGAUGGUGGUGAUGAUGGGUGGUGAUAGUGGUGAUGACAGUGAUGAUGGAUGAUGGUGAUGAUGGAUGGUGAUGUGGUGAUGACAGUGAUGAUGAUGGUGGUGAUGAUGAUGGAUGAUGGUGAUAGUGAUGAUAGAUGAUGGUGGUAGUGAUGAUGAUGGUGAUGAUGGAUGGUGAUGUGGUGAUGAGUGAUGAUGGAUGGUGAUGACGGGUGGUGGUGGUGAUUAUGGAUGGUGGUGAUAGUGAUGGUGGUGGUGGUGGUGGUGAUGGUGUUGACAGUGAUGGUGGUGGUGAUGGAUGGUGAUGAUGGAUGGUGAUGGUGAUGAUGGGUGAUGAUGAUGGAUGGUGAUAGUGCUGCUGAUGAUGAUGAUGGAUGGUGAUAGUGAUGAUGAUGGGUGGUGAUGAUGGAUGGUGAUAGUGCUGAUGGAUGGUGAUGAUGGGUGGUGAUGAUGGAUGGUGAUAGUGAUGAUGAUGGAUGGUGAUGAUGGGUGGUGAUGAUGGAUGGUGAUAGUGCUGAUGGAUGGUGAUGGUGGUGGUGAUGAUGAUGGAUGGUGGUGGUGAUGAUGAUGGAUGGUGAUAGUGAUGAUGAUGGUGAUGGAUGGUGAUGGUGAUGGGUGGUGAUGGUGAUGGAUGGUGAUGAUGGGUGGUGGUGAUGAUGAUGGAUGGUGAUGAUAGUGCUGAUGGAUGGUGAUGGUGGUGGUGAUGAUGAUGGAUGGUGAUAGUGAUGAUGAUGGUGAUGAUGGAUGGUGAUGGGUGGUGAUGAUGAUGGAUGGUGAUGAUAGUGCUGAUGGAUGGUGGUGGUGGUGGUGAUGAUGAUGGAUGGUGAUGGUGAUGGGUGGUGAUGGAUGGUGAUGAUAGUGCUGAUGGAUGGUGAUGAUAGUGUUGAUGGAUGGUGAUGGUGGUGGUGAUGGAUGGUGAUAGUGAUGAUGGUGAUGGAUGGUGAUGAUGGAUGGUGAUGGGUGGUGAUGAUGAUGGAUGGUGAUGAUAGUGCUGAUGGAUGGUGAUGGUGGUGGUGAUGAUGAUGAUGAUGGAUGGUGAUGGUGAUGAUGGGUGGUGAUAGUGCUGAUGGAUGGUGAUGGUGGUGAUGAUGAUGAUGGAUGGUGAUGGUGAUGAUGGGUGGUGAUAGUGCUGAUGGAUGGUGAUGGUGGUGGUGAUGAUGAUGGUGAUGGAUGGUGAUGAUGGGUGGUGGUGAUGAUGGAUGGUGAUGGUGGUGGUGAUGAUGAUGAUGAUGGAUGGUGAUAGUGAUGAUGUUGAUGAGUCUUACGAGGUAUUUCUUUUUUCUUUUCUUUUUUCUUUAUCAGCUGAUCCUAAAGCUUCACUGAGCCGAACAAUCAGAGCCUACGCCCGCCCAUGCCGUGUGUGUGUGUGUGUGUGUGUGUGUGUGUGUGCGCUGAGGGUCAGAAAUAAAAACUAAUUGGAGGUAAAAAAAAAAAAGAAAAAAGAGCAGGAUGAUGAAAGAUGAGCACUUUUUUUUUUUUGCACUAUGCCGUCCCAUCAUGCACCUCCAGAGCAGAAGGGGAGGAGCUUGUAGUUUCAGCAGGAUUCUAAUAUUAGCAGGUUUUGUAACAGGUGUUUAUAUUUUAUUCCUAUAUUUGUGUUUACUUUAGUUGUAGUGAAAAUCGGAUCUUUAGUGUGUGUGUGUGUGUCUCCAUAUGUGUGUGUGAGGUUGUGUGUAUGUAUGUAUGGUCGUGUGUGUGUGUGUUAGUGUUGAGGGAUUAUUAUGGGGUUUCAGGAGGACUGAUCAGAUGUAAGUGAAACCUUCUCCAAACCCAAAUAAAGAGAAGAUCUCUCAGUAGUGCAGAAGGAGAGAGGGAAAGGAGACCGUUGUGUGUUUGGGGUUUUGUUGUGUUCCUGAGCCUCAAUCAAUCAAUCAAUUCACUUUGUCAUUGUCAUAAAUAACAGAGUAUAAAUAACAACGAGAUAUCAUUAACGCAUCAUCUUUCUGACCUGUUUUUGAGCAUAAGGAGGCAGAGUUCUCGCUCUUCUCCAAAUAGAACCAAAUCCAGAAGAACCCUGAAGUGCCUGAGUGACUGAUGCACCAACACCAACAUGUAGCAAGAGCACACACACACACAUACAUACACACACACACGUGCGGUUGUGUCUCCUAAAUCGUUAAUACCACACAAUAAUAUCCAUAUAUAUAUAUAAAAAAACCCUCUUCUUACAUCACAGUUCUGCUCACUUCUGGAUUCUGAUUGGUCAGGUGAUGUCGAUUCAUUUCCUGGAUCUCCGUCAGAUUUAUAUAAACACGCUCGCUCGGAUACCUCACUGUUUCUAUAGCAACAGCUGGUUCAUUCGGAGGACGCUCCUUAAAAUAUCGCGUUGAGGCGAUGCCAUUUUUUAAAAUAAUCGUUGUUUGUUUCACCUAUAUGGAAGGAAGGAGUCUCCAGUCCCAGAGGUAAAGCUGUAGUGUAUGUGAUAACGGCUGAAUGGGAUAAAACAGUGACACGUCAUUCUUUAAUAACAACUCGUACACACACACACACACACUGAGCGGUGUUCAGGCUGCACUACAUGUUCUUUAUACCACUGUUAUUGUGAUUUUGUUCACUUCCUCCUGCAGCAGCGUGCCUUCAAUGACCAUCACAGUGCCUUAGAUCAUUCUGAACCUGCAGCGUCCCGCAGAAGAGAUCUUCUCUAGCCGCGUGUAGGCACCAUCGCAUGUUUAAAGCUUUAUUUUAUCUGUUAGCGAAAGCAGAAGAAGGUGCGGCGUGUUUACGUAAGGCUGGUUAUGAGAUUAUUCGAAACAAACAGAACAUUACUCUGAUUUCCAGCAGAUACGUUUCCCCAGAAACAAUGAAAAGCGGAAUCGUCUCAUCCAGUAUCCGUAUUUAUGGAAUCUCGUUUCUGCGGAAUUCCUCGUCUGUCCGAUGGUCUGAAUGCGUUUUGUAGCAGCGACACGUUCACAAGGAGCUGCAUGCUUCAGGUUCCACGUUAACAGUAAAAAUAAACGUGUGAUCGGUGAGUUUUGUCUAAGCAACUUUUUGUUUUGUUUGGAAGGAGUCUCCAGUUUCAGCUCUUUGUUUUGUGACUGAGUUUAUUGUUUUGUUUCGUUUCACGUCUGAGGAGUCGGCAGAAUUUAUUCGAGCGAAAUGCCAAGUCGCAAUGCUGCGUUUUGCACUUAUACAGUAUUUCAUUUCAUUCAUAUAAAAUGUUGCACCUUCCUCACACUCCUCCUUCUCUUCUUCCUCCUCUUCCUCCUCCUCCUCCCGUGUUGGAGUACAGUUUAAAGACUCAUCUUUUCCCCCAGACCAGCGUGUGUUAUUCCUCCUCCAGACCACAGCAGCAGUGUAGUUUUAGGUUAGAAGCUUUUCAUUUAAACUCCCAUGCUGUCAAAGCGGUAGACAUGACAGGAAGCAGUUUCUUCACACAGGAAGUGCUCUCCGUCCUCUGGUUCUGAAGAACGUUGAGAGAUGAGUACUGCUGUAGUCUCUGUGAGAAACCGCCGCUAGACUCGAACCCCAGCACGGAUUCAGGCACGUCUACGUUCAGAACUCCUGUCUAUGGCCCACAGAUUUAUUUCUUUUACUCUUUAUUUUUCUUGAAAUUUCCGACAUUCUCUAAUUCACUCUGUGUUUUAUGUAAACCACCACAAGCAAUGGACCAAAUAAUAUACCAAUAAAUAUUUUUAUAAAAGAAAGGACUGUGAAAGAUUUAUUUAUAUUUAUUCAUGCCAUGGAUUGAUGGAUGGAUGGAUGGAG